UUUCACGGCAGUUAAGAAUAUAUGAUAUAUAUAUAAUUAAGCAAGGUACCUCAUAGGCAGGAAACAAUUGUAUUAUACGGCUGCAGUUUUUUUUUUUUUUUUUUUUUUUUUAAGUACUGCCAACCUCUUCAUCCAGGAAUAUUUAGAUUUUCCUUUUACACAAAUAAGUGCUCCUAAAAAUCCUAUUCAAUAUAUUCUAUGACCACCGCACCUUUACAUCGACAUCAGACCAAGUCGUGACGUCACAGGGUGGCCCCGAGGCCAUAUAAAGGCUGCAUCGCGACUCCAACCUCGUCAGUGCACCUCGCAGUGUCAGCUAGCAUGGGCUCCCUUAACCAACUCGCUGCUUUCCUUCUCCUAAUUUCAGUCGCGCACUCAGUGAAGCUGCGGCAGGAAUGCGACAUCGGACUGCAGGUGGGAUGCCCGAGCGAGACCGACGGGCGGCCGUGGGUGUCUUGCUCACGGGUCGCCUGCUCGGUCACCACCAAUAAGACCUGGUUUAUUGGAAUUCUGUACAAGCGCGUGGACUGCUUGGAAGAAGACGGUAAAAUGGUGAAGGUUGAAUACCAGAGGCAAGGGAGACUGUCUUGUUCUCUCGUUCCCAUCCAGACAAACCCAGAGCUCCUUCAGGCCUACUUGAGCUCUGCCAACUCGACGUGUGAAUCUUCGGUGCCCACUUCAGGUGCCCCCGCCUCAGGGACUUCACUUACCCCCGCCUCGGCAACUUCAGGUGUCCCUGCCUCGGCAACUUCAGGUGCCUCCACCUCGGCAACUUCAGGUGCUCCUGCCUCAGCAGCUUCAGGUGGCCCCGCCUCAGAGACUUCAGGUGCCUCCGCCUCGGCAACUUCAGGUGCCCCCGCCUCGACCACCGCGUCACUCACCACAACCGCCGCCGCCACGGGACCACCACCAAAAGCGCCUUCGUGUCCCGUCGGCUGGACGCCCUUCGGGUCCUCAUGCUUCCUCGUGAGCGACGAGUCCGGGACCUACGGCGACGGCUGGAAUUUCUGCCGUGAGCGGGGGGGCGUCCUGGCUUCCGUCAGGAGUCAGGAGGAACAGGACUUCGUGGCGGGUCUCCUGCCGGGCUCCGUGUGGAUCGGGCUGAGUGACGGCGUGGCGGAAGGGACCUUCGCGUGGGCGGACGCUUCAACGUCAUCCUACACAAACUUCCACCCGAACGAGCCGAGCGGGUCGGGGGGCCACGCGGACGAAGACUGCGUAGAGCUACGCUCCGCCUUCGGCUUCGCCUGGAACGACGAGUGGUGCGGCACGCUUAACCGAUACCUCUGCCGAAUGGACGUCUAAACGAAGGUUUAAACGAUAUAAACCUGUUUAAAUAAAGAUGUAACGAAAAA